AUGCAUUUAGCAUCGGAAGUGUCAUCGACGACGACAACUACGAACGCGGAAAAGCCAUCGAAUGGCACGAAUAAAAAUAAUUCGAGUAAUAAUAACACAACUACGGCAGCAGCUGACACACCACUGACGGCGGAAAAUUUAGCGGAACGCACAAUUGAUAGUUUAUUGGCGGAACAUCCAGGGGAAUUAGUUAAAACAGGAAGUCCACAUGUGGUAUGCACAACUCUACCAUCACAUUGGCGCUCAAACAAAACGCUUCCAAUCGCUUUCAAAGUCGUUGCACUCGGAGACGUGCCAGACGGCACACUCGUCACCGUCAUGGCUGGCAACGAUGAAAACUUUUGCGGCGAACUCCGUAAUUGCACGUCCAUUAUGAAGAACCAAGUGGCAAAAUUUAAUGAUUUGCGUUUCGUGGGACGCAGUGGAAGGGGCAAAAGUUUUUCCUUGUCAAUCGUGAUAGCGACAAAUCCAAUCCAGAUAGCGACGUAUAACAAGGCGAUAAAAGUCACGGUGGAUGGACCGCGAGAGCCGCGAUCGAAAAUGCGACAUCAGGGCUUUCAUCCGUUCGCGUUCGGGCCACAACGGUUCGGGCAUGAUCCGUUGAUGAGUGGAUUGCCUUUUAAGUUGCCAGGAUUUCCUCAUCACUUGGCUGGUUUACCGGGACAUUUGCAUGGCGGUAACGGAACAAAUGCUGGAGAUUGGCGUCGAAAUUUUCCCGGAGCUCCAUUUUUCCAUCAUCAUUCGCAUUUUCCGCCUCACAUGCUGGUUCCUUCCUCGUCGCCAUCUUCCACGAGGAUCACUGGAGAUCCAAUGCUCUCGCCCGUCAAUUCUUCAAGCAUAUCAACGUCACUCAACUUGCCAAGUCCCAAUCGAAAGUCUCCCACGACAAUUAACGUUGUCGAUGGCAUGACGACAAUCAUGAGUGACAACGAUGAGGACGAUAAAAAUAAUAAUAAUUCAAUUAACAAAGAUAGUUCCGAUGAAAAUUGCGAAAAUGAUACGAUUUCGGUGACAGGAUCGCCCGAACACACGUCCAAUAGUGUCGAUAUCGAGGAUGACAGGAAAAGUCCUCCGAUGACGGGCGCUUUUACGGCUUUGAUACAGAAAAACGGCACAAAUUCAUCGUGGACACGUAAUCCGAAAUACAAUCCAGAGCUUUUACCACAAUUUACUCACUCGAAUCAAAGUGCAUUCAAUCAGGCGGCAUUAGCGGCGCAACUUUUCCUGCAAAACCCUCUGAUACCGACAAGUAGUCAAUGGCUCUAUAACCAACUUUACGGAAAUCAACAGGAAUUUCCGUGGUUCCGACAUGGUUUUCUCAACAAUGGAACAGCGGCAGCUCCGGGUAUCCAGCGACCCACAACUGUUGUGAGCGAGACGACACCAACGUCCGACAACAAUUCAGAUACAGGAAUUAAUCUCACGAAACGCACGGAAUUGUCAAUAGACGACACAGAGAGAAGCAAAUCACCAAUUUCUGUUUCGUCGACGAAACGAUCGCCCAGUCCCGAGCCACGAAACAAACUGAAAAAGGUAAAAGUCGUUGAAACAGGCAAAAAACGAGGCGCUGACGUGUGGCGACCAUAUUAA